AAGUAGCUAUAUAAACGACAAUCAAAAUCUCCAUGUCCAUGUUAGAGAAGUUGCAGAGAGAAAAUGUCUCUUCCUUCUCUGCUAAACCCACAAAACCCCAAAGUACUGUUCCCUCUCUAUCUCUCUUCAUCUUGUAAGCUCUUAUCAAUUCACACCUUAAAAUGCCCACAAAAAUUCUACUCCUUUUCACCUUCUCUUCAAUCCUCAUCUUUUCCUCUCCAAAACGGUGACUUUGAAGACGACAGUGACAUUGGAGACUGUCUGGUCUUCGAAGAAGGCAUAUUUGAAGACCCAUAUCUAGAAACUAACUUCAACGCUUACGUUAAUAACGAUUUUGAUUCAAGAAAACGUAAUCCCAAAAGCAAGAAGAACAAAAAGAAUGAAGUUGAAAUUGAAACAGAGAAUUUGGUUCCUGAUAAAUGGAGAGAAGUGCAAGCGGAAAUUAACAUUACAAAGAAAGAGAGGCGGAAGAUUGCCCAAGAAAUGGAAUUCAAUAGUCGGGUUGAAAAGAAGAAGAAAGGGUUACUUCCUAUAAGGAAAGUUAAUUUGGAGGAGUAUCAGGCUUAUAAAGAAGCUAAAUUGGCUCAAUUGAAACCACUUGUUCUUGAUAAUCCUUCGAAUUUAAUUGUAAAGGAGGAAGAAGAGAAGAUUGAAAUGGAAAAGAGUAGCAUUGAACGAGUGGCGCCUAAGAAUCCGAGAUGGGCAGUUUAUGGGAAAGGUUUCGAUGAUGUUACUGAGUUCUUUAAUAGUGGGAAUUAUGAGCCUGGUGCAAAGAAAUCUGAAGGGCCUCGCAAGUUGUUCACUAAAGAAGAAAAGGUUUUGCUAAAUAAGAAGAUACCUGAUUUAGCAGCUGCUACCUCUAGCAAAUGGUUACCGUUGCAUACACUUGCGGCAUCAGGAGAAUUCUACCUUAUGGAUGCUUUGUUGAAACAUAAUGUUGAUAUCAAUGCUGUGAAUUUGGAUGGUUUGACUGCACUUCACAAAGCAAUAAUUUGCAAAAAGCAAGCAAUUACCAGCUAUCUUUUGAGAGAAUCGGCAAAUCCUUUUGUUCUAGAUUCAGAUGGAGCUUCCUUGAUGCAUCAUGCUGUCCAGACAGCAUCUAUUCCUGCUAUUAAACUUCUUCUGUUAUAUAAUGUUGAUAUAAAUCUUCAGGACAAAGAUGGAUGGACACCAUUACAUGUUGCUGUUCAAGGCCAGAGAACUGAUAUAGUAAAGCUUUUAUUAAUAAAAGGAGCUGAUAAGACAUUAAAAAACCAGGAUGGUUUAACCCCGCUCGAUCUUUGCCUCUACUCGGGGAGACGCACAAGGACUUAUGAACUUAUCAAGCUGCUGAAGCAAUUCCCUAAGAAACCAACUGCUUUGCCAGCGGUGAGAUAGAUUUUGCCUUGAUCUAGAUUUGGAGGAGCAUCUGCCCAAAUGAAGUUGGUGAAAGUUGUAAGUUCAGUCAUGCCAUAGGCAGGUUGAUGUUAAAGAAAGCAAAGCAUAGUGAGAAAGGAGGAGACUGCUUUUCAAACCUGCUUGUUAUUGUAAAAUGGGUAGGUUUUAGGAUGUAAUUUUGUAAUUAUGAUAUGUGAACAUUUAGUUAAUGGUCAAAUAUUAUUUCCAUUUUUGGCUUGAUUAACCGAAAUUUGUAAGGAAAAUUGAUGCGGAUAGUAACUAUGAUAUAAUUUAUGAUGGUCUAAAUUGAUUUUUUCGUGUUUUGUAAAA